AUGACAUGACGUCUUGAGGGGGAGGAGGAGGAGGAUGGAUUGGAACAACUCCGCCAACUUUUCACACCUUCACCACAUUCGCAACACAGCGCCGGGAUAUUUAUUUAGAUACAACAACCCCCCAUCCAUGAAUCAUCCACAUAUUUACGCCUAUACGAAGGAAUGAUUGCCCAACAUGGUCCUCCUCCUCAUCACCCCAGCCAUAGCCUCCGCCCUCGACAGCCUGCCUGCGUCAACCCGCGACGAGCUCUGUCUGCCAACUCCGCCCGCCAGCCCUGCAAUCUCACACUCCCAGCUCAUCGCUCUCUCCAGACACCUUAUAUCCAAUACACCAUCUGCAGAUAAAUCCAGGGAUCCAUCCAAUGGAUCUGCUGAUAGACCUGAGAGCUUCACGCUCAACUCGCUUCUCAAGGGCACCAAAGUCUUUGUUCCCCCUCCUCCACCCAAACCGGAACCUACGCCCGAAUACCUCGCCCUAAAAGCCUCCCUCCUCGCCGCAGAGGAAGCAAAAAAGUACAACGCCUUCCUAAAACCUACCUCCGCAUCUGCAUCCCCAUCACGGAUAUGGGGACUCAACGACCACACACCACCAAACAUAUAUACCCAUCCAAAAGCCAACCGCGACAGCAACGACAACGCCCUCGACGACCUCGACGACCUUGACGACCCCCUCACCCCCUCCCUAGUCCUCAACAUCCUCAUCUCCAUCCUCUUCACCGGCUUCGCAAGCUACUGGGCCCUCUCCAACUUCCGCAUCCCGACCUUCUUCACGUUCACAUCGGCCUCGUCGCCCUCGUACCCCGGCGCCGUCUCCUCGCAGCCUGCGCGUGUGUUUAUCUCAAUGCUCGUUGCCGUGCUCGUGGGCGUGGCGGAGGUGGGUGUGUAUGUGCUGUAUUUGAAGAAGGUGGAGUUGGCGAGGGGGAGGGAACGGGCGAUUGUUGAGAGGAAGGUUGUCAUUGGGGAGGUUGGUGGUGGGGAUGGGGAUGGGAAAGCUGGUGAUGAAGGGGUGGUUAGGAUUGGUGAUGGGGAGGGAAAGAAAGAGGAGAUUUGGGGGAGAGGGAUUAAUGGUGGGGCUAGAAGGAGGGUUAAGGAGCGGUGGAAAGGGAGGGAUGGUGAUGAUGAGUGUGAAUAAGAGAUGUAAAAUAGGUUUUCACUCCCCCUUUCCAUUGAUAGAUCGCCUUCUUUGAUUUUUUUUAUAAUAUAUAUAUUAUAUAUUUUGUUUAUCCAUUUAUUCUCAUUUUUCCCAUUUACUCUUCCAAUUGCCUUUAACUAGGUAUCACGCUUGCUAAAACAAAGCAGAUACCACACAACCCGUAUCCGACGGCGACACCGCCCAA